GUCAUACAUAACAUUUGGCUGAUCGAGAGACUCGACGAUCGACGUUAAUUUUUGGUUAACAAUAUCGACGGAUUUAUAAUAGAAAAUGGCGCAUUGGUUUCACAGAAACCCCAUCAAAGCAACAAACGCAAUAACAUUUGAUUUUGGUAGUCAAGCUAGCACUCCUCUUGCAAGAAACAUUUGCAGUGAAGCUCGGAGUGCUCGUUCGAACCUCCUCACUAUCUUUGCUGACCCCACUCGUGACCUGUCAGUGUUGACCGACGCUGCAGAGAAGUACCUCGGAAUCCUCAAAGGAUUUGUGGAGCCAACCACUGACCCUAAUGCCAAAAGUCCUCCUGCUCAAGCCCCCAGCAGUGAAAAUGGAGAGGUGGAGAGUAUGGAGGUGAGCAGUGGAACAGGGGAUAGCAAGCUAAGGAAUGCCAUCAAAUUCACCUGGUCAAACACACUGACUGAAAAGCAUUCGAGUCAACAUGACUUUGUCUUUGAACAGAUCAACAUCCUUUUUAACAUUGCCCUCUGGCAUACAAAACAUGCAGCAGCACUGGCGGGAUCUAAAGAAGAUAUUGCUGAAGAUGAUGCAAAAGUAGUUCACAAAUGUCUGAGAUCAGCAGCUGGUAUAUUCAACUACAUUGAUGAGAAGUUGACGGUGAAGUUGUUUGAGAGGUCCGGAGAUGGAACAGACCUAGACCCGAACAUCAUCAAGGCUUACUGUCAACAAUGUACAGCAGAAGCACAAGAAGUGACGGUUGCCAGGGCGAUAGAGAUGAAGCACACCAGCAGCCUCAUCUCAUCGCUAGCCUUUGAGACGGGCAAACAGUUCAAGAUGGCUGACAACUCCCUCAAGGCUGUGGAGGAGAAUCUGGUGCAGAAGUGGCGCAAGUAUCUCCAGCUCAAAGCUACGUUCUACCUGUCAUAUGCUCAUUGCUACAAUGGUCAGACACUCCUUGCCCAAGAUAAGUGUGGAGAGGCAGUCAGAGCACUCAAAGAGAGCAAGUCACAGUUUGAGAAAGCCGAUGAACUUGGAAGGAGCUACACAGCAACCAAGGGAGCAGGGAAGAGUGCCAAACCACAUGAACAUGCCUUCUUCAGACGGUUAGGACCACAGGUUAGGAGGACCCUGGAGAAAGUAGAGAGGGAAAAUGGAUUCAUUUAUUUUCAGAAGGUGCCCGAGGUCAUACCGGAGUUACCAGCGAAGGCCACCUAUGGACUAGCCAGCCCUGUUGAAUAUGUUAUGCCAAACAAACACGAGGACUGGACUGCAGAGACAUACAAUGGAUUUAAGAUUUCUAAGCCAGAUCCUGAAAAGAGAGAAAAGGACAAGGACGAUGCCCCCAAACCAGUCAAAGAAGUACCUGUAAACCAAACAGACAAGGAAUCGAGCAGCAGCAGUGGAUGCACCAUCUCCUAGGCAACGGAUACCAUGGCAAUAUGGUAAUAUACAUUGUGGUAACUGCCUCUUGUUUUGGCAAGGGGCUCUGGAAU